CUGCGAGCAACGCCCUUCUGGAGUUCCCUGCCCAGGCAGGCGCCCAGUUCCGAGCCUUGCUAGGAUCGUCCGUACACGCCGCCUGCCAGGGCAAAGCCGAGGGUAGAGGCUGGCGGGAGGGGAGCAGGAAGAGAAAGUACAGACAGAAGGGGAAUGUAAAGUGCAACUUUCCUCCUUCAGCCCCGUCUCUUCCAACGCACAGAGUUUACAUCUUUGGCCAAGCAGAAUUGCUACUUGUGGAAAAAAAUUAUUUUCUCUAGCAUGACUAAAGAAGAGUGUACUUCGGGAGUUUGUUUACUUUACACUGGAGAAUAAGUGGAUGUAGUGACUGUGCUUCUGUAUUGUUGAAAGCCUACAUCAGGAAUGAAGCUGUCGUCAUGUCAUCCAGAGAUGAUAAUACCGAUAUCAAAGAAUUCUUGGCCAACAUCAAUUUGGUGCAGUAUCUUCUUAACUUCAAAGAAUCUGGCUAUAACACUGUGGCAGACUGCAUAGGAAUAAAUAAUAAUGUGCUUCAGCAAAUUGGAAUAAUGCCUACCGGACAUCGCAGAAGAAUUCUUAAGCAGUUAGAGAUCACACUUUCUAGAAUGCAAGAAAAAUCUGUCUCAUUUGAAAAUCUGAAGCCCAAGGACUUGGGGGAAAUAGGAGAAAGUCAUUCUUUGUGUUAUGACCAGGAUUCCAAAAUAUCCAAUAUAAAUUCAGAGGGGAUUACUAAAGAUAGUCCAGUAUCUGGAGCAUUGCCAGUAAGAUUUUUUAGUAAAGAAAAGAGUGAAUUUACUGAACAUGAAUUACUGGAAGUGAAAGAUGGUUGUUUUUUAGAUCUGGAAUCUUCUAGUUUGUUGUACCAGAACUCAGAUUGCUCAGAAGAUGCUGUCAGCCUUAGUGGAAAUACUGAGAAAAGUGCAGUCUUUCAAAAAGUAUCUAAUAUAGAUGUUGCACUGGUAAAAACACAGGCACAACAAGGUAAUUUGAAUUUAGACAGCAAUUCUGCACUAUAUGUUGAAGGACCAAUUUCUCAGUCCUCUUUUGCCAACUUAUCUGAAACCAAGUCCAGUGAGAAUGAGCAUCUAACAUUCUCAGAGGUGGAAAUCUCACCUCUUCCAGAUUCUUCAUUCUUUGAGUUUAAAGGUGAAAUGGUGGACAAUGACUUGUAUGGUCCUUGUGAGCAAAGAAGUACUAAAGUAGUUCCCAGAACAACUCGAUCUUUUAUGCUAAGACAUCGGCCUGUUCCAGAAAUCCCAGGUUCAUUUGAAGUUGCCACUUCAUCCAGUUCUCUGCAGGAAAGAAGAAAUGUGGAUGUUUUAAAUAUUUCUUGUUCUGGGAGCCCAACUACACAGAAAAAACUCUCCAAUGAGGAAAAGCCAUCCAUCUCUCCAUAUGAGGAAACUUUUCUUUUCAACAACCCUGCAGAUGCCAAGGAAAUCUGUGGAAAUGAAUUCUUGGUUUUUGAAGAAAAACUGGAGGAUAAAGAAGUGAUUGAAAAGCAUUGUCUUCAUGAUAAAUCAUGUGUAUUGAAUAUUCAGAAAGGGAAAGCAUUAUCUGAGGAACAUGUGAAAAAUGAAGUGAUAUCACAAGAGGACAGCUUGAUGUUACCGGAACAGCUUGCAAGUGAAUCGGAAUAUUCUACUGUGGAAGAAUGUUCUCAGUAUAGAAGAACAAAAAGCCAUAAAACCAAAAAAAAUUCUUCAUUCCCUUCUAAGAACCAAAGGAGGAAUCUGGACCACUCUGUUAAAGAGUCAAUUCAUUUUCUGCCAUUUGGUGAUAACCAAACUGUUACUUCGAAUGAUUCAAUAACACCCUAUGCCUGCUUUUAUGGAACAUCAAUAAAGAAGGUUAAAGCAGGGUGGUUGGAUAAACUGUCACCUCAAGGAAAACGCAGGUUUCAGAAGCGUUGGGUUAAGUUUGAUGGAGACAGUAUUUCUUAUUACAAUAAUGAUAAGGAAGUUUACUCUAAGGGAAUAAUUCUGCUCUCUGCGAUAGCUACAGUUAGAGUCAAUGGAGAAAAUAAAUUUGAAGUUGUCACAGCUCAUAGGACUUUUGUGUUCCGGGUUGAAAAGGAAGAUGAAAGGAUUGACUGGAUUAAUACAAUACUGAAUGCCUUGAAAUCACAGUACAAUACCUCACAAAUUCGAGCUGCUGUCACUCCUGAGAAAAGUGGAUACCUUGAAUUAAAAGGAUACAAAGCAAAAAUAUUUACUUUACUUCAGGGAAAUAAUGUGUGGCUUUGCAAAAAUGAACAGGAUUUUAAGACUGGGUUUGGUAUCACUGCAAUCCCUAUGAAUGUGGCAAAUGUAAAACAAGUGGACAGGACAGCAAAACAGUCUUUUGAACUAAUCACUCCCUAUAAAAGCUUUAGCUUUACAGCAGAGUCGGAAGGAGAGAAACAAGAGUGGAUUGAAGCAUUGCAACAAUCGAUAGCAGAAACUCUCUCUGAUUAUGAAGUAGCUGAGAAGAUCUGGUUCAAUGAGUCAAAUAGGAGCUGUGCUGAUUGUAAAGCUUCAGAUCCUGACUGGGCAUCCAUCAAUCUCUGUGUUGUCAUUUGUAAGAAAUGCGCAGGGCAGCACAGAUCUUUAGGACCCAGAGAUUCAAAGGUCCGAAGCCUCAAAAUGGAUGCCAGUAUAUGGAGCAAUGAGCUGAUUGAGCUUUUUAUUGUCAUUGGAAAUAAAAGGGCAAACGGUUUUUGGGCAGGAAAACUUCAACCUGAAGAAGAAUUGCAUAUGGACUCCCCGCUAGAAAAAAGGGUAACAUUUAUUACACAAAAAUACAAAGAAGGAAGAUUCAGGAAAACUCCUUUGGGCUACAAAACCAAAGAAGAAUUAAAUAAGGCUCUGUGUGCUGCAGUAGUUAAACAAGAUGUGUUGGAAACAAUGACAUUGCUAUUUAGUGGAGCUGAUGUUAUGUGUGCCACUGGAGAUCCUGUUUAUAGCACUCCUUACUUAUUAGCCAAGAAAGCAGGACAAAGGCUGCAAAUGGAAUUUCUCUACCACAAUAAAUUUUCAGAGUUCCCAAACCAUGAGACCUGUUUUGAAAGUGGCUUUUCUGACGAUACUUCACAUUCUGUUUUUCUUUGUGAAUUUUUAUACAAAGUUUCUUAUAAUUCUGCUAAGCUAUUUCCAGACAGGAAAUUGAAAGAAGACUGCAAUAAAAGAUGGUGUACUUUGGAAAGUGGCUUCUUGAGUUACUAUGAAAAUGAUAAAACAACCACUCCUAAUGGUAUGAUUGACAUCAGUGAAGUUACCUGUCUCGUGGUUCACAAAGAAGAUUCCUUUUUAAAUACUGGGGCCAUUUUUACCUUUGAAAUCUAUUUACUGUCAGAACGUGUUUUUCUGUUUGGAGCUGAAACUGCACACACACACAAAAAAUGGACCUGGGCAAUAGCCAAGCAUUUUGUCCCCUCCAUAGCUGAAUGUUUGUUAAAGAGAGACUACGAUCUGAUUGGACAGCUAUACUACAAAGAUUGCCAUAAUCUUGAUCAAUGGAAAAAAGGCUGGUUUGCUCUAGAUAAAUCAAGUCUACAUUUUUGUCUUGAAAUGGAGAAUGCUCAAGAGGAUUCAAUACAUCUAAGACGACUGCAGGAGCUAACAAUCAGCGGUUUGAUUCAAAAUGGAGAAAAAAUAGAUGUCCUGCUGCUUGUUGAGAAGGGAAGAACAUUGUACAUCCAUGGUCAUACAAAGUUGGAUUUCACGGUCUGGCAUACUGCAAUUGAAAAAGCAGCAGGUACAGAUGGUAAUGCCUUACAAGAUCAGCAGCUCAGCAAAAAUGACGUUCCUAUUAUAGUGAACAGCUGUAUAGCAUUUGUUACACAGUAUGGCUUAGGUAGCAAACAUAUCUACUUAAAAAAUGGUGAUCCAUCCCAUGUGAGUGAGCUACUAGAGAACUUCAAAAAAGAUGCAAGAAGUGUUAAACUGAGAGCUGGAACACAUCAGCUAGAGGAUGUGACUGAUGUACUGAAAUGUUUCCUGUCUAAAAUAGAUGAUGCACUUCUCACUAAAGAACUUUAUCCAUUUUGGAUUUCUGCACUAGAUACACAGAAUGAAAAGGAACGAGUGAGAAAGUAUGGAACUUUUAUUCAGAGCCUUCCACCAGUCAAUAGGGCAACUUUGGCAGCUUUAAUUGAACACCUUUACAGGGUGCAGAAAUGUUCAGAAAUCAAUAAUAUGAACCCUCACAAUCUAGCCAUGGUGUUUUCAUCAUACUUAUUUCAGACCAAAGGGCAUACUAAUGAAGAAGUCAGUGUAACUGAAGAUCUAAUUAAAAAUUAUGUACAACUCUUUGAUAUAAAUGAAGAUCAGGUCAAACAAAUGGAUACAGAGAACAGCUUUAUUACCAAGUGGAAAGACACUCAAGUUUCUCAAGCUGGAGAUUUGUUAAUUGAAGUUUAUGUGGAAAGAAAAGAGCCAGAGUGUAGUAGUAUAAUCAGGGUAUCGCCUUUGACAGAGGCAGAAGAAUUAACCAGCGAUGUAUUAGGAAUAAAAAACAUAAUUCCCAAAAAGGAUGAAAUCUGGGCUGCUUUUGAAGUGAUUGAAAAUGGAGAGCUAGAGCGCCCUCUGCACUAUUCAGAAAAUGUGCUGGAACAAGUUCUUCAUUGGAGUUCAUUACCUGAGCCUGGAUCAGCAUAUCUUGUAGUAAAAAGGUUUCUAACAGCAGACACGAUAAAACUCUACAGUGAGAAGAACGCAAAAGAUAAUGUGAAAGCAGGCUAUAUGAAAUACAGAGAACCACCAUCAAAAUUACUGACUGGAAAUAAAUUUCAAGAGCGUUAUUUUGUCUUACGGGAAGGAAAUCUGCUUCUUUACAAGGAUAUGAAGAGUACUAAACCUGAAAAAGUGCUGCCCCUUAGUUCAGUGAAACUUUAUCUUGGAGUGAAGAAGAAAAUGAAACCACCAACAAACUGGGGUCUUACAGUGUAUUCUGAAAAGCACCAAUGGCACAUGUGUUGUGAUGGACAGGAUACACAAAUGGAGUGGCUGACCAGUAUUUUCAAUGCACAGCACAGUGAUAUAUGGCCACCAGCUGGAAAAGCAAGAAAACAGUCUAUAACUAAAAAUCCCAAAAUUGGAGGCUUACCUUUAAUUCCCAUUCAGCGGGAGAAAAAUAUUUCUAAAACCAGCGGAAAUGCAGAGCAUAUUAAAUGGGAAUCUGGAAAGCUGACAUACAGUGAUCAAGAGGAAAAUGACACAGUAGAAGGAAAACAUAAUUUAAAACAAAAAGCACAUAUGGUGGCACAAUGCCUAGAGCGCAAGGAGGAGAAAAUGAAAAACCAUGUGAAAAAACAUCGAAGCUUUAUCUGCGUUGAAGACACAGGUACCGACGUUGCUGACUUGCACAAGAGGCCCUCGAAGGAAUCAAGGACACUGAAGAAACAUGAGAACAAAACAAACAAAUCUAACUUGGAAUCUGAUAAGUUGCCACCAAGUGUUAUUAAGGAACUAAACACAGUUCUGCAGAAAAACAGAGCCCUCCACGAAGAAACCUAAAAUUGAUUUUGUAAGAGGCAGACGUCAAAAAACCUGAUUAUUCCAGGCAAUUAAUCACUUGUUUGUUAAAGUCUGUAUACAGACUGUACAGGAUAGAGACUAUAAAAUGUAUUUAUAUACAGCUGCUGAUUUUUAAAUGACAAGUAUGUAUGUGCUGGUAACACAACAUAAUUUAAGAUUGAACUUUUUAAGUCCAUAAAGUUCCUUUUGUGAAAUCUUGGAACUUGAAGCCAGUGGAAAUUUUGUCACUGACUUCAAUGGGACUAGAUUUUCACUCAUCAUUUUUAAUGCAAAAUUUAAGGUAGUUUACUAACCAGAAGAUGGAUUAAAUGUUAAGUAUAGUAUGCUUAUGCUCUAUAUGUUCAGAACUCUUUUUGUAACUAUCAGAGAAAUCUUCUUAUAAAAGGGGACCAAAGUGCAAAAGUAUAUUGAGAUUGUCUAAUAAUAUAUAAGUAUAAAUAACAUAUGAUCUGAUGACAAAUCUAUAUAUCCUCUUGCAUUUCUGUAUUUUUGUAAGUAUACCUGUUUACAUAGACUUAGCCUCUGACACAGUGGCAUCAAGUUAGAGAGAGAGAGGGGGGGAAAAAAAAGGAAAGAAUACUUAUUGAGACACAAGGUUGAUUCUCAUACCCUAAAACUAUUCCUAUAUAAUGUAAAUGUAGCAUAUUUACAGACGACCGUAAAGAAGUUAGCACAUUUGAUGAAAAUAAAAAGAAAAUGGACAGAAAUGAGAAAUCCUCUGAGCUGCUUUAUUUCAUUUAAACUACUACAUAAAUGUAAAUUACAGUGUCUUCUUUCUGCUAUGCAGGUUGAAAUAGAUUUAAAGAAAGUGUGUCUAUGGCAAUGACUAGCUCAUACAAUCAGGAAUGUGAGGCAGAACUUUCAUCUUUAGGUCCCACUUCUGGAAGGGACUAGCUUACUAGUGACAAAAUUGCUAUUCGAUGGCAAUAAUCACAUGCAAAAUGAAUUUGCUUAUGAAUAGAUGGCCCAAUCACAAAACCACCCAUCAAAUUCAGCUUGUCACAGAAUGGUCAGGAAUGAAAUGAGCAUGGAGAUGAUAUUAUCCUUUCACCCUUAGAGGUGGUCCCACAAGAUCAAGCUGGAGCAAUACACUGAGGAAGCAAUCUAAGCUAUAGCUCUUCUGAGGCUUCUGGCUGCACCAGUCUAGUACCCAUCAGGAGCACUUAAUUCAUUAAUAUUGGGAAGGGGAGGGAGACUGCCUUAUUUCAUCAAACUUUCUAGAGUGUAAAAUUGUCCUUUUUAAAUUAACAAACAUAUUUUCUGAUUGUUUCCGUUGCCAUAUUUCUGUACAAACAGAAGCAGUUGUCUUCUGUACUCAGCUUGUUCAUCUUUCCUGAUAUGAAUGGAUGUCAAAAGCACAUUGUGACAUCACAGUUACUUUUCAUGGUGGCUAGCACUGAAUACAUUAAUCUGAAGGAAGUUAAUUCUGAAAGAGAAAGCUGCCCUCUGCAUACAAGGGCCUUGAUAAUCUGCAGGUUCUGAAAGGAAGGGCUGAAAAAAUACCAUUUAUAGGGUUUUUAUAAUGUUUUAUUAUUAAUAGUCUGCUGGAAUGUAGCAGUAGCAACAUUCCUCUUUCACUCACUUUGCACUUAUUCUGUUUGGCAAAGUUAUUAAACCCAAAUGUAGGUUUGUACAUUUUUUUAUGUGCACUUUUGAUUAUUUUGUUAGUUUUAAUUUGUAGCAUGAGCUUAAGUCUCAUUUACUUAAGGGAGUGUUGAAUGUGAAUUAUUUUCUUAUUUGUUUUCUUGAAUCAGGGUCUAUCUUUGUGGGGUUCCAGGGAAGGAUAUUUCUGCCAAGUGAUUACACUGUCCAUCUGAGGCUGGUCCUGAAUUUCCUGUUUACAGUUAUUCAUGUAUUUCUACAUUGUAUUUUUCAGUGUUGACUUAAGCUUAUUGUAUAGUCGAUCUUUUAUUGUGUCAUUAAGACUGUUAUUCACUCAAGUGCAGAGAUUUCAUGCACCAUUGGAGUCCCACAUUAAUGUGUAUUGGGUGAGUUUGUCCAAAAUAUGUUAUUUUAUCUUAACUAAAAUACUGGAAGAAAGUCUUUUCCAAGUUUGACCAUUGCUCGGACAGUUGCUACAAAGGGUACUAAAAUGUAAGGGGAAAAAAGUUACUUAUUUGAAAAAAUUCAAACUGAAUAUUGUUUACUUUUCAAUUGUGACUAAAUUGCCUGGACUUAGGCUCUUAGGUCAUCAGUGAAAAUAUUUCACCUAAUGUAUAAUCUUCCAAUGUUUUCUACAUGUGUAAUAAAUAGUAUUUGAACAGGGGCACUGUUUAACUUACACACAACUUCUGUAAUAAAAU